AGCGUGGACCAGGAUCAAGAGCACACCACACCUCGGUUCCCACACAAAAUGUACCAGUUAAAAGUGUCUCGUGUUUGUUUGUGUAUAUUUUAACUAAAGAACUAUGUAUUUCCUGGUAUAUGUAUAGAUGUAUUAAACAUGAUCGUAUGUGUACAUGACCAACGUCGGUUUCAGCUCCAGAUGUUAAGGUUUUUCAAUUAUUAACUUGUGAUGAUGCACACAUAAGAGCAAGUGACCUUCCUGGUAUAAGUAAAUACAUCACCAACGUUCUCUCAAUUUUAUGGGACUAACACCAGUAAUCACGUUGCAGAUAAAUAAUAAACUCCUGAAAGUGACAGAAAAAAAUAUCAGAAAUACAAUUACCCAAACUAAGAUAAAUUAUAAUACAUAAAUUUGACUGAACUUACCUCACUGGAUAUUGAAGACAUUUAUUUGAUAAUUUAAUUUAACUAUUUAAUUGAAAUUAGUUUGAGGAAUGUAACUGGUGAUGAAAGCAACUGAAAUAUAUUGUAAAAAGUGAUAAUUAGAGACUGUGGCGGGAGUCCCUAGUGAAAGACGAGACAUCAGCAAACUGGUGAAGGAACACAACCGUCACGAUGGGGUGGUCAAGGUGAGGCGCUUUUUGGUUCGCCCCUGGGGGAGGAGAGGGCCUGAGGGGCGCAGCGAAGGUGGAGGACGGCCAUCCCAGGGGGCAGAGGAGAGGGAGGAAAGCCAGGAGGAGGAAGAAGAAAAAAGUGGAGGAGGAAGGGAUUCCUUAACAGUUCCAACAGGAGUCGAGAAUGAGUCAUCGAGCACCAUGGCGACCGAGUGGGAACAGUUGAGGGAACAACUCCUGACGCCCAACACUCGUAGGCUACAGAGGCUGGCAGUAGUAACAGAUUUGAUGGAGUCACUGUCCGAGUCACUGCUGCAGAAUCAAGGAGGAAUUACCUGUCCAUCCUGCAGAGUGACGGUGGAGGCGCCAAACGGUAGGCUGCGUCAGAUCUGCCCUUACUGUGGGAGCUUCUACAACGCGGGCGCCAACACAGACGUGAGACUUCGCAGGAAUAGAGAGCUGAGGCUGGAGUUGCCCCAUAUAGAUGUGGAGAAUAGGUCGAGAUUCGGUGGUUUGGGGAACUUCAUGAUUGGUCGACUGGGAGGACUCAACUUUCCCGGCUGUACCAACGACACCCUGACUGGUGGCGGGGUCAACAACAAUAAUGAGGAAGGUGUGGGUGAGGAAGUCGUGACAGAUGGCUCACAUACCAUUAAUUGCGGGAUAUUAGCGCCAAUUAAUGAUGCCACGGCCUAUAGGGUCGGUUCUGGCAGCUCUCUUCCACCAAUAAGAAGACAGGAGGUCAACAGUCGUCGGGGUAGCGUUGCGUCGUCUAGGAAAGGGUCGGGCAGCCUACGGUCAGCCAGGAGUGAAGAACGUAUCCCCCUGCGUGAGACUACCAGCUCCUCCACCAGUCACCAGCGACCUGUGUACCCCGCCCGAACCACACGACGAGAAGACUUUAUGCAAGAGGUGAGGAAGGCCAAGGAGACGAAGAACUUCACAGAUAUGAAGAAAUUCUACUUUAACACCUUUGAGUCUUACGCCAGCAUCUGUGCCACUUUUAAGCGUAACCCGGACUAUGAUGGUGCCCGUGUUGACGACCCGGGCCUUAAGAUGGAACUAGUGUACACCGUCCACGACUCUGUACACGAGAUGCCGUCAGUGGUCCACAAACAUUUCCUGAAGGCGGUGAUCAACGCACUGUUGCAGGAACGUCCUCACCUCUUCAGUAAGGACCGGGUGAGGGCGCUGUUCGUGGUGCUACAGUCACCAGUGUUCCUCACCCAGUCCUCCUAUACCGUCUUGGCUCACGUCCUCAGGAACAUCACUUCACUACCUAAUGGCGACCAUCAGCUCCUUGUUAACUGGUUCAGGACGUUGGAGGUGUCACGGCUGAGAAUGAUGGUCGGAUUUAUCACCCAGUUUUUAUCAGUCCGUCAGUUCCCUCCUCCAGAUCGCUCCCUCCCGCCCCUCAGCAAGAGCAAGUGGUGGAUCCCUACAGCUACCAAGGUUCUAGCCAUCCUCUACGCCAGCAACACUUCCUCUCAGACUCCACUCCUCAACUACACCGAGUUCUACAACCACGCCCUCGACCACCUUGAACUGAUGACAGAGUAUAAGAAUUGGCAAGACCCGACUAAGCCAGAUACCUUCUCCUUCUGUCAGUACCCCUUCAUCCUGUCCAUUGUCGCCAAGAGACACAUUCUUACCAAGGACGCGGAGUAUCAGAUGAUCGUGACGGCGAAGAGAUCACUGGUGGACAAGGUGGCGAGGCAUCAACCACCACAAAUUGAUAUUUUCUUCCUAAACAUCAACAUCAGGAGGAACCAUCUUGUUGAGGACUCGCUGAAAGAGAUCGCGGCAAAGAAGAGGGACCUGAAGAAGAAGUUGAAGGUGACGUUUGAAGGGGAACCCGGCCUGGACAUGGGGGGCCUCACCAAGGAGUGGUUCAUGUUGAUCAUUAAACAGAUCUUUAAGCCGGAGAACAAGAUGUUUGUGUACCACCCGUCUAAGAGGCUUUACUGGUUCUCGCUGGCUCAGGACGGCAACCUAAGGGAGUACAACCUGAUCGGCGUUCUGAUGGGCCUUGCUGUCUACAACUCCAUCAUUCUUGACGUCCACUUCCCCGCCAUCUGCUAUAGGAAGCUGUUGAGUCCUCCUGUGGUUCCCGCCUACGAGCACCUCGCCGUUGGCAUCGCUAAGGCGCCCGGCCUCGACGACCUUAGCGAGAUAAUGCCCGAGGUGGCUCACGGCCUCAGGGAACUGCUCAAGUAUGAGGGCGACGUCGAGGAGGACAUGUGCCUCAGUUUCCAAGUGUCUUUAGAAGAAUUUGGUCAACCGAGGACUUUCAACCUCAAAGAAAACGGAGAGUCACUACCGGUAACUAAUGAAAACCGGGAGGAGUUCGUGAAGCUGUAUCUUGACUGGAUUCUCAAUACCGCCAUCUAUGAGCAGUUCAGAGCGUUUUAUCUCGGCUUCCACACCGUCUGUGCUUCUAACGCCUUGAUAAUGCUGCGGCCGGAGGAGGUUGAGCUGCUGGUGUGUGGUUCUCCAACAUUAGACCUGAACGAGCUGAGGAAGGUGGCGGAGUACGAUGGCUACCCUGAGGACCAUCCCACCAUCAAGUGGUUCUGGGAGGUGGUGAACGAAAUGCCGGUGGAUCAGCAGAAGUUGUUUCUGCUCUUCACCACCGGGAGUGACCGCAUCCCUGUGGGCGGUAUGGGCGAGAUGAUGUUCAAAAUCUCCUGCUGGCGAGCACACACCCACAUGUUGCCUCAAGCCCACACCUGCUUCAACCAGCUCGUCCUUCCUCCCUACAGCUCCAAGACCAUCCUCAGGAACAAGCUCUACAUUGCCCUCGCUAACGCCGAAGGCUUUGGGUUAGAGUAGUUCCUGAGGAGGCGAGUGACUGACGGGUUCCUGCGGGAGUGAAUCCUCUACUCGUAACUUUCAGGAGGAUAAACAAAAGCGACUCGGGGUAUAUUUUACAUAACGAAUCGAUACCCAGAGUCACGAGGAAAGAUAUCACGAAUUCUAAAAUCCCAGACAUGAUAUUGUAGUGAAGGACACCAUAGGGAUAUAGUGACAUAGACUCCUCCUCCUCCUCCUGAUGAACACUAUAACACUCACCUGAAAGAAGUGUAGUGUCACCCAACGCUCUCCAGAAGAGUUGAAGUGCAACAACCGUCUCAGCGCUAUGUAACUCAUUCUGUAAAGGAAGUGUUUAUUAACCUCUAAUUAAAACUGUGAUAUUAUGAAAAGACGUAGAGUAAUAAGUGAAGGUAGAAAUAACAUAAAUUCAAGUAUAAGAAGCUUAAAUAACAUGUAAAUAACGAAAUAAUCCAAACCAAAGUAAAUAGGUUCACAGCUCUCAAGUUUCUGGUAUGGAGGAAGAAAAAACAAAAGAGCAUCGCAUUAUUUACCUUUUUGUUGUUGUAAGUUGUUAGGUGUUUUGAGGUGCGACAAUAUAAUCUUUUCUGUUCUACUUUUGGUGUUAUUUAGGUGAGUGUAAAAUAGUGUCUUUUAUAUAGUUGUGUAAUAGUGCUCCUCCUAUAUUAUAUUACGUUUGUGGAGCUGAUAAUAGUGAUAACAGGAUCACAUGAAGAUUACCACCACCACUUUAUUUUACUUGAGGAUUAAACACUCUUCCACGACCCUUAUAUAACUCAACGCAACCGAACCUAACUUAACUGAACCUAACCUAAUUCAACCUAACCUAAUCUUACCAAACCAAACUUAACUCAAUUUAAUCUUAACUAACUUAAACUAACUUAACUGACUCAUCUUAACCUAACCUAACCUAACCUAACCUAACCCUUUCCAGGUAACGUUAGGGAGUUUAAUUAUCAGGUGAAAUAAUGUGUGGGGUAAAACAGGUAAUAUUCAGGUGAUUCUUCUUACCUAUAAAGUGCGGGUAUUUGUGUGUGUGUGUGUGUGUGUGUGUGUGUGUGUGUGUGUGUGUGUAUGUGUGUGUGUGUGUGUGCGUGUGUGUGUGUGUGUGUAUAUAGCGGCACCGUGACCAUGAAACACAACUGAGCACUGUCUUGUGUUGAGAGCCAUCUGUCGGC